GAUGUUCCCAGCUCCUAUAACCUUCGAAUUCCAGUGGACGAUAUAAAUGAGAAAGCUUUUACAAUUCAACUCAAAUAUUGUGUUUUUUGUGAACACUAAACUCAACUUUAACUCAACUCUCAGAAUGCUCACCUACGCCUUGUUGAUCUGCCUGCCAAUGUUGGCUUUUGGUCAAGAUAUUCUGGCAAACCAAGAGUUUAUCAGGUUUGAUGUAGAUGGUGAUGGUAACAUAGAGCCCAGAGAGGUCCAGCAGUAUUUCAAUCGUUUUGAUAGUGACGGUGACGGCAGAAUCUCCAGACAAGAGUACAGGCAUGAGGUAGACACACAUCACAUCGUCAACUCAGCUGUCCACCAGACACUGACCCGUCUGUUUGAUGAGCUGGACUACAACAAUGACAACCACAUUGACCAGUCUGAUUUCAACAAAUUUUUCCACAAUGCGGACACCAACCAGAACGAUCUUGUCAACCACGCUGAGUUUGUCAAUUACUUCCUUCAACUGACUGGCGGAUUUUAGUCACGCAAGAGUUGGCUUACAAAUUCCUUUUUUGUUUACUGAAAGAUUGUUAAAUAGAAACAAAUGUAAUAAAACUUGUAUUUAUGCCCCUUUAA